UUUUGUCAUGUUGGAAGUGGUGAAUUCUUUCUAAAGUUUUGUUCGUGGUCCGUGUAGUUUAAACCAUAUUCCGGCGAAUUUUACGAUGUUUAGUUAAUUAAAAUGAUCUUAUGUGGAUUGCUUUAAUAUUAGGAUAGUGUUAUUUCUUGGAUAUAGGCACAUUGGAUCGGUAAAAUUGAUGUUAUAAGCCACCAUGUCGCCUAAUAGAUGUGAUGGUUUACUCGCGAGGGUUGAUUUUCCGCUCUACACGCUUCAAACGCUUACGAAUCGACACGUAAUUGUUGCGGGUGGUGGUGGAGCCGCGGCAACAGGCGUAGCUAAUGGAUUUGAAAUAUUUGAGCUCUCACACAAUGGAACGAGAUUUGUUGCCGAAGAGGUGAUGCGCCAUGAAACUGGGCCGAAUGUGGUGAUGAAUUGUUCAGUCAGGACUACACAGAACAAGACAUACCUGACCGCUGGUCAGGAGAGCCAUUGUCAACUGUAUAAAGUGAACAUACGCAUGGUAGAUGCGGCUGAGAUGAGAAGAGGAAGCUUCAGGGCAGAGAAUGGACUUGUCAGAAGGAGAAGGCGCACUGUUUCGGAGAACGACAAUAUAUCAAAGAAGGAUAGUAAUAGUAAUACUACGGAGAAGAGAAUAUCAUUUGAAAUAAGGCCUAGCGACAGUGUGCAAACAGAUUUCAGCAAUGAUCCUCUGCAGCGAGUGGUGCGGAUCAGCCACAACGGCAAGCUGAUGGCGACGGGCGGCAUCGACGGCAAGGUGCGCGUGUGGGGCUUCCCCAAGAUGGAGCUCCUGUACGAGCUCGAAGGACAUACUAAAGAGAUCGACGACUUAGACUUCAGUCCAUGCGACACGUCUCUGGUGAGCAUUGCUAAGGACGGGCUGGCGCUGCUGUGGGGGACGCAGGGCAAGCGGCCGCCCGCGCUGCAGAUCACCUGCCAGCCGCCCAACGGGAACAAGUAUCUGUUCCGACGGUGCAGGUUCGGUCUAAUAGAAGACAAGAAGGACGAAUACAGGAUGUUCACAAUAGCGAAUCCUUUGACCCGGUCGGGACGGCAGCGGGGGCUGCUGCAGUCGUGGCACCCGCGCUCCGGGGAGCUGCAGGGCUCCGCCCUCGCCAGCGAGUCGCUCAGUGCGUUAGCUGUGAGAGACGACGGCAGAUUUGUGGGAGUCGGCACCAUGUUUAGCGGAUCUGUCGAUAUUUAUAUUGCUUUUAGUUUACAGCGAGUCCUCCACGUGAAGAACGCUCACAUGAUGUUCGUCACCGGGCUGGAGUUCCUCCCAGUGCGAGGCUACGGCCCCGCCAUCACGAGCCGCUCCGAGGCCGCGCUGCUCUCCAUCUCCGUCGACAACUGCGUCUGCGUGCACUCGCUGCCGCAUCGAAGUACUGUACCUGCCUGGGUUGCCAUCCUACUUAUAAUUUUCGUACUAUUCUGUACCUUCACACUAUGUUCAUACAUGGGCAUUUAACGAUAUAUAAAUAUUUAUUAUAAACGUAAAAUAAAUGAAACUAUUUCUUAUGUAAGUAAUUCGGGGUUAUGUUAGUGUAAUUUUAUUGUAAUAGGCAAUUAUGAAUAUUACGCUCAUAUACAUAUUAUGUAUGUAUAAAUAGGAUUAUGUGAUUGAAUUAAAUGAGGUGCAAUGUUGCAAUA